AUGAAUUCAAAUAAAUUUUUCAGUGCAUACUGUCAAAACAUUCAAGGUGCAUCAAAUAACCAAAUAGAUGAAGCUUCAAAUCAGAAAGACAUUGAGUUACAAGCUUCAAAUAAGAUUGUUGAAAAUGAUUUUAUGGAUGAAGAAUUUGAUCAAGAUAGUGAAAGUGAAUCUCCUAAUGCUAAGAAGAAAACCAGAGGCCCUACAUUUAUGAAAGACAUUUGGGGUCGACCUAGUACGCUGCCACGUAUUAAGAUCCAAUGUGAUGGUAUGGGAUGCCCUAUAGGAUCAAGAAGAAAUAAAUUUGCUGAUUUUUUAGGUACUUUGGCAAGAAAUGGUAAAUUUUGUCCAAUUGACGUGGAAGAUUGGCAUAAAAUGCCCAUGGAAAAUAAGAAAAAAAUGUUAGAUGUUAUAAAGGAAAAGUAUGACCUUCCACCUGGAACAGAAAGUUGGACACUACGUUCAAUAUCAAAAAAAUGGAGAAAUUGGAAGUCAGAACUUAAAAAGAAGUAUUAUGAUCCUGAGUUACCAAUGCAAGUUCUUCUGGAAGAAAGAGAUAACAGAGCUUUGGUAGAGCAAUAUGUGAAAUUAGUUAUUCAGUGGAAUUCAGAAAAAUCAAAGGAACGAAGUGAAAAAAAUAAGAUUGCUCGGAAGCAAAAGAUAAUGAAUCAGACAACUGGAAGAAGAUCUUUUGCUCAAGUGCAACAAAAAUUGGGAAAAGAAAGGGGACGCCCUCCAUCACGAGUCGAAUUAUUUCAUGCUUGCUUUACUCAUGUUAAUGAAAGCCCCUCAAGCAACAUUGUGGCGGAAAAAUUGGCUGCAAUGAAAGAACUAGAAAAUCAACUUCCUGAAGACGAGGAUGAUCAAGUUGGUCAAAAUGAUAUAUUUGCUCAAAUCAUUGGACCAGAUAGACCAGGUCGAGUACGUAUGUUUGGUGAUGGUGUUAACCCAUCUGAUUUAUGGGGAGAAGUUCCAAGCCGUAGUACAUGCAAUCGAAUAGUGAUGGAGCAAAGGACAAAGUUAGAAAAAAUGGAUGAACAAGUUAGAAAGCAAGGCCAACACAUUGCAAUGUUAGAAUCAAAGAUUUGCAAUCAAUCAAACCAAAACCUUGGUUCAAAUUACAACAGUAUACAACACACAACAUUAUCAAGUAGUCCAUUACUUUCUGAUCCAGUUAGUUUAUCUCUAAGGGUUGGAUGCUCUGUCUCGAUAAAAAGUCUAUUUGAUUCGAUGAAAAUUGUGGCAAAAGGAGUUGUUCAUAGCAUGGAUCCAAAUACUGAAGUAGGAAGACAGGCAUUGAGACCAAAUUGGUGUGAAAUACAAGUUCUAAUUGUCUUAGAACGGGAAGAGAGUUUGAUUAGGCCAUAUGAUCUUUUACAAAGGUUGGAGGAUACACUUGGAGGAAUGAUAGCUUGGCCUUACCAUCUGUUGGCAGUUAAUGAAGAAGACUUCUACUAGGUGCAUUUGGAGUUUUGUGGCACAAUAGUAAGGUGACAAGAAUAUUGGAUUUUGUUUAAGAUGUGAUGGUUGAAGAAUGAAGAUGCACUACAAGUUUGGUUAUGUUUUGCUUUAUGAGACUUAAUUUUUUUCUAGUUCUAAAACUAAAUAUAUUGGG